AAGAAAUCGCGGUUGUUUUUGUUAUUUUAUCCUCUAUUUCUCCAAGCCAUAGCGACAACGAUGAUUUCACUCACAGAUGUGGAUUUCGACGACAGGGUGUUCGGCUCUUUCACGCAUUCUGUAAUGUUUUAUGGAAGGUGGAAUCGUACCCUGAUCUGAUGCGGCCUACAACACACCUGAAAGGGUUCUGUACUGGGGCAAAUUUAAUACUAAAAAUUGUAAUCUUGUCCUUUCGUUUCAGAAGUUGGAAACAAAACCACACUAUUUAAAUUUGUAAAAGUUGUAUCAAAUUGGCCCCUACCUAGCCUGAGUAUCAGGCAUUUCUGGGGGGAGGAAGGAGGGGAGAGGAGGAGGGAGGAGAAGAGAGAAGCGAAAAGGGGAGCCAGAGCGAAGGGAGAGAGACGCCUGAGACAGAUACUUUUACGGAGGCCUUCCACCCCCGAACAGUAUGAUUCAUCAUUAGCCAAUCAACAUCAUUUGCGGUUUUGCGGUCGUGCUGUUAUCAACACGACAAACUGUCUGUCCUGAGUAUCAGUCCUUCCUUAGGGGUUAGGGGAAAGGAGGUUUUAGAAAGGGGGGCGGUCAGAGAGAGGGAGGCCUGACCCAAAACACCUUCCUCUCUCUCUUCCCCCCUCCUCUAAAAUCUCUCCUUCUCUUUGGCCCCUGCUUUACUGAUUCGUCUCACAAGGAAUUUAGCCUUGCAGUUUCUUUGCUUUUGAAGUAUAAUGUCUUAAAAUCCCUGGACCAAAAUUUAGCCCCCAAAACGUCCAAUGCCGAAUUUCCGACGGCAAAAGGGAGAUCAGGUGACUAUAUAUAUUAAAAGCCUGGCGAUAGACAGAGACAACAAAAAAAUGAAUUGAAGUGUUGGUUUACCUCUAGACACUUUGCAGACUUUUGACAUGAUUGAUUAGCGUGAAUUUCAUCCGAUUACUUCGAGUCGUUAUUACUCCCUCAGUUGCUGAGAAGAGAAAACGACUCGAAGCAAUCGGAUGAAAUUCAGGCUAAUGAUUGAUUGUAUAUUAACCGGUUUUAUGAAAAAAAAAUGGAAUUUAGGACGGAUUUUUUUUCAUACAAAGUCUAACGAACUCCCACAGAGUCUGGGCUGCCUGUAACACUGGAACACUGGAUGCAAAACGCCGUGACAGCGGUCUCUGGAAAAACUAGUUACCAGUCUACCGGCAUUCGAGCCCACACUCACACAGUUGGGGCCCGCGGAGUCCCAACAAAACUAAACGUGGCCUUGUGGAAAACAUGGCUGCAAAAGAAAUCGCGGUUGUUUUUGUUAUUUUAUCCACUAUUUCUCCAAGCCUUAGCGAUAAUGUGAUUUCACUCACGACGACAGGGUGUUCAGCUCAUCCACGCAUUUUGUAAUGUUCUAUGGACCUUGGUAAGUGGAAGGUGGAAUAUUGAUAUCUAGCUCUUGAAACAUUAAUCUGAUGCGAUCUACGACACACACCUGAGGUAGUUCUGUCCUGGGACAAAUUCAACAUUAAACUUGUUACACUUGUAAAUUACAAGGCAGCAUUUUUUAGCCACGCUUUUAUAAAUUGCUCUCCUUAAAGUUUUUCAGGUGUAUAAAUAAGCCCCUGGCUUACUGAUUUUUGAGAAUUUAGCCUUCAAGUUUUUUUGCUAUUAAAGUUCAAUAUCUUGAAAAUCUUUAGUUUAUCGGCUUUGGAUUUUGCUCUCGUAUACCAGCACAGAAACCCUGGAAUGAACAACACCUAUUGGAACUCAAGACACUUGCUGUGGUGUUUUCAUCUAGCUUGUCACCUUUUUCUUGGUGAAAUAAUACCUGACAAAGCCCUAAUAAGGUUCAUUGCGGAAGGGGUGCUGCUGAAAAAAUUAGGUCCUGGUGUUGUGCAGUAUAGUUUUAAACUAUUAUCCAACCCUGUUUCCUACUCUCACCUGUUUGAGGUCCUCUAACGAGAAGGAGUGGGGGGGGGGUGCGGUCCCUUCUGUCUGAAAUAUGUAAAAUAUGGGCGUUUCACAUUUUGAGGAGUAGUCCAUGUCCUUGUCAGUGUUUUACUUGUCUUAAGGUCACUUGUUGCCAUUUCAUCUAGUCUCUAGCCUGUGGGGAGCAGACACUUUUUUCGGCUCUUGUUUUACCUGCCAAAAAAAUUGCAGAAAAAACAUCUGCUCCCCACAGGCUGUCUAGUCUUAUGUUGCUGUUUCAAGGCCAUGUUGCUUGUGGGUAUUUUACCCUAACAGGGUUCUCAUCCCUACUCAUCCCUCUCUUGCUCUGUAGGGACAAGUAAGAGAGAACACUAGAAAGAGGUUGACUAUUAGCUCAUUUCAGCCAAAAAAUGUGUUAUAUUUGCCCACCUAAUUUCAGACCAGUCUCUCACAAGUGAUAGCUCUCUGUUCAUAGCCAUUGGGAUCUGAGUCGCCUUCAGUUGACUAUCUAGUUGGAUAAGAAAAAUUCACUUGGGGGGGACAGAAAGCGAAAAACCUGAGCGAAGGGUGCACUUAUCAUCCCUAGCUAACACUCCCUCUGACUGCACUUCUCUUCUUAACAAUAGGAGACUUAGGGCCUAUCUGCAUUAGCGAAAAAGCUGUUUAGUUAGACAAAUUGUUUUGUCAUCACCAAUGCUUAACAAAUGUAAAUUGCUUGUCUCAAUUUUACAAAUUUUGUCUCUGACAGGAAAUCUUCAAAGGCACCGUGGACAAAAUUUAUCCUGUUUAAAACUGAACAAAAUCUUGUAAAUAAACAAGAAUUGUUUUUCUUGUCAAUCAUUUGUUGUAAAGCCGUUAUUUUUUCCAUUAACAAAUAAAGUCCCAUCAAAUCAAAUGGCCUGAUAAGAGUAAAUAGUUUCCUGUGCAGAUAAAUUUCUUCGAAACAAAAAUUGGCACCAUAUACUUUUCGGUUUAGAUGUUCCAAAGACCAUUCUGAUUUUGUCUGCUAGUGUGGAAAGGCCCUUGGAGACAACUGGGGAUGAGUCAGCCUUUGCAUACAGAGCCCCCUGCCUGCUGGUGGGUCAUGGUGUCCUGUCAGUAGGAAAUAGUUUUGGUUAUUAACUUAUUGAAGCAAAACAUUUUGAUGAUGACCUCAUGGAGUUGUUCUGUUUUUCCUUUGUUUUGUGCACAAAAUGUAGGUGUGAGCACUGUAAAAAUUUCAUGCCAACAUGGAAUUUGUUAGCUGACCACUAUGGGAAAAUUCCACAUAACGAGCUGGUAACAAUAGCUAAGGUACAGUGUACUUGAAGUUAAAUACAUAACCUUUUGGUGACUUCUGUAAAACUCGGAAAACUGUGAAUACCACAAAUAUUUCUGGAAUGUUAUUGUGUUGCGAGGAAAAAGUCAAUCAAGGGUAAGAAAACCAAAUGUCAAACAGCAACCUUAAUUUAGUUUGUGGUUUUGUGGCUUGUGUGCAUGUUCUGAUCUUUGUUGUGACUGGUCAAAACACAAUCAUUUCUGAAAUAUUUCAGCUGGUUUUCACAGCUUUUUGAGUGUAACAGAAAUCUUGUAAAAGUCCUGGUAACAAGUAGCUCUAAGUAUUUAAACAGAAUUACCAGCUCCUAGUUGUAUAAUUUUUUGGUUCAAUUUUAUCCUUGGCUCAAAUUCUAAUUAAGUUAGGUUUUGGGUAUGGUAAUCUAUUAAUGAUUAAUAAUUUAUUACUUCAAAAAAGAGGACAAAGUAUUUAUUUUAUUUACAUGUAGACAUUGAACCACAACAUAUACAUUAGUUAUUGUAUUCAGAUCCGUUGGUACAUUUUCUCCUCAGGUGGAUUGUACAAAAGAGACUCCUCUCUGUGCAAAACAAAAUAUUCGAGCAUAUCCAACGUAAGUUGUAAGCAAUACUUAAUAUAACUCUACAGAAAGCUUUGCUAGACAAAUAUGUACAAAAUGUUAAAGUUUGUGUGAGCUCUUUCAAGGAAAACCCUAGGCUGGCCCAUAUAAUGUAAAGACUGUUUGAGUAUUAUUGGCUGUUUUGUUUCUUUUCAAAGGUUAAAGCUGUAUUAUGAUCAAGGUGAAAUCAAGAGAUAUAAUGGCAAAAGACGCAUGAAUGAUCUUAAAGCUUUUGUUGACAAAUUUGCAGGGACAUCUGAGGUACACUGUGCAUAUCCGUACUCAUAUAAUUGCAGGGGCAGAUCCAGGAGUUUUUGAUGAGGGGAGAUGAUACCAAUUGGACAUCAAACUAUACGUUAAUGUAUUUUAAGUUGUCCUAUGUUUGUCCUAAAACAUGGUGAUUUAGGAAGGACGAAGGCUGUUUGACUUCACAAGGUUUUUGCGACCCACGUAUUUCUUUAUUUGUUUGGGGCCCGACAUAUUUCCAUUUGCUUUUCCCUGUUCUAAAGAGGGGUUGCUAGCCACCCAAUCCACCUCCCCUGGAUCUGCUCCUGAAUUGUAUAGGUAGAUAUCCUCUUGCCCUGGAGAAACGGCUUGGGUUUCUCUUAGAAUGGUGUAUCUGAUCAUGAUCCUUUUCAUCUACAUCUGUGACAGAAGGAGAGUGAGUCAGCAGACACAGCUGAAGCAGACAAUGGCCUGUAUACACUGACUUCGGAGAACUUUGACAAACAUGUGGAAAUUGGACUACAUUUUAUAAAGUUCUAUGCGCCAUGGUUUGUAGAGUCAAGAAUAAAGAAUACUUUAGCUUUGCUUUCCUCCUUUCUUUGUUCUCUUUUUGCAUUAGUUCAGUGUUUUUUUUUUGCAACUCUCUCUUUUUUUCAGGUGUAGCCACUGUCGCAAGCUUGCACCCACAUGGAAGGCAUUGGCUGAGUAUCACAAAGACAAUAUGGACAUCACAAUUGCUAAGGUGCAGUAAAAUAUCGCCGUUAUGUUUAUUUAUUUAUUUUGUUUAUAUGUUAUAAUUCACAAAGGUUUCCCAUCUCUAUGCAUGUGCAAAAAAAACAAUAAUAAUAAUAAUAAUAAUAAUAAUAAAAAUAAAAUGAUGUAUAAAAUCAGUGAGGGAGAUUAAAAACAUUAAUCACAGCCCACAGUAAUUACUUCGCGUGCGUUUCACGAUACUCGACUGGAAAAGACUGGAAACCAAUUUACCUAGAAGUAAAGGGAAAAUAAACCAAGAAAGCAGAUGGCAAAAGCGAGCUUUAUACCAAAAAAAACAUGAGGUGACCGGUCACUGAUAUAGCCAGGGGCCAAAGAUACUCCGCUAUUAUAAGCCUGAUUCCAGGGUACUUUUGUAGGAAAAAGCACUAAAAAACUUUCAAGCAGUUCAAUUCCCCGCCUUCUAAUCCCUGUUUUGUAAUGGAACACUAAAUACCUUCCUUUUUAUUAGAUCAGCCUUCCGUGGACGCAUUUAAAUCUGCUGGCCAAUAGUAACGGGUGCAGACAUUGAAAUGAACCAGUCAAAUUUCAAAAUAGCCCGCGCCAAGCACGGAAAAACGCUUAUCAACAAGUUAUGUUUUUUAAUGAAUUCUGAUUGGCUGAGAAAGGGGCGUAGGAGUUUAUUUAGCCAAUCAAAACGCGUAGCAACUCGAACUGUGCACACGUUUAACCGCUUUACGUUUUUUUUUUAAUUUAUUUUUUUCUUGUAAUCUUCUUUCUUACAGAUUGAUUGCACAACUGAAGGGAAAAAGUGCACAGAGCAUAAGAUUCAUGCGUUUCCUUCACUUAAACUGUUUAAAGAUGGCAGAGAGGUUUGUAGUGGCUUGUCAAUUUUCAAACUACGCGUGCUCUAGUCUAUAGCUUUCUGUCAAAAAGAGCGAUCUUUUCAUUCGCUCUGACGAAAGGCUAGUGGUUGAACCUAAGCUUUCAUUUGUAUGCUAUUGCUUCACCUGAAUACUCCAUUUUUUGCACUAAAAUGCUCGAUCUCCCUAAAAAGUUUCCAUAAGGCUCGGAUAAUGCUCGUCAUAAAGACGUUAGACUGCGGGCAGUCUCUCUUUUUCUUCAGAUUUAGUGAGAGCAAUGCACGCGCGCGGGAGCGGCGAAGCCGUGAGACGCGCGAAAUGAGGGCAGCAGCCCGUGCCUCUCCCGUCUCGCGUCAUCAGUCACGCGCGUGGCCAUUUGCGUGUCUCGCGGUUUGCUCGACGGACGACAGAAAAAAGAGAGACUACUCGUAGUCUAUAAGGACAUUAGAUGUAAGGUCUGUAAAGUACAAGCGCGGUAUUUUUGUUUUAGGUGGACAGCUAUGAAGGAUCGCGUUCGCUUGACGACCUUAAGAACUACUUGACUCUGAAGAUCUCUGAACACAGCCUGUUAAGCAGUGCAACGACGGAGAAUAGCGAAACAGUUGAGGAGAUACCUUCUGAUGAACUAGACUUGCAGGUAUACAUGCAGACGUGUCUAAGGCUAUGUUCACACUGUAAUCCAUACUCUUGCGCCAGCACGAAAACCGUACCGGAUAGUGUUUCUGUUCACACAAAAGAACGGUGAUUUCGGCGCGAUUUCUCUUACGGAACGAAGCUGCGCCGCGCCCCACUCAUCUCAAAAGUGGAGCGUCACGUAUUGGAUAAGUUGUGUGCCACACUUUGGUGCUGCGUGAAAAGGUACUCGGACAUUGCCGAAGUAGGAGCGAGAACUGGAAUCCACUGAGACGGAAGUAAAUAUUCAGGUUGAAGAUUUGGAUCUAGGACACCAAAUCCUCACGGCCAACUGCUCCGGCUUAACCCUUUAAACCCUGAGAGUGAUCAGCAUCAAAUUUCUCCUUGUAAUAUCAAUGCUUUGUAAAACAGAGUGGUCAUGAGAAUUAAGGUCAUGAUCACACAAGAUGAAUCUGAUUAAUAUUUUAUCAACUUCUCCCCACUACUUCUAUGGUAAAUGAAUAGGGGCAACAAAUGAGAAUUUAAUUUUGAUCUUAGGGUUUAAAGAGUUAAAUGCGAUGUAUUUGAAAGACCUAUUCCAGUUCCGGGCUGUUUCUGAGUAUUAGUUGCGGUAUGGUGUGGACAUAGCCUAACUUAAAAAGUUUUAUAAUUUCAAUCAUUAAUAGCCUUACCAUUUAAGAAAGUCUUUCGCUCAUUAUGCUCUGAGUUUAUAGUGGAGAAAAUGAAUAUCUUAGCCUCCGUUGGGAUUCGAUUCGAACACCUCCCAUAUUCCGGUCGGUCCCUCGAAUCACUGAGCCUACUACAGGAUCAUAGAAAGCUAAGCUGUGUACCUUUUUCAUGUAUGACGCAUGUCCUGUGACACUCUGUAUGCUGUUAGGAUCAUCAGUGUUGGAUGCGUCCUUUAUGCUCCGUGAAUAAGCGACAAAAGUAAAAUGUUUAUUAAGUUCAUCAUGUUUCAUUUCAGAUCAAACCAUUUCAGCUCACCGACAGUAAUUUUGAUGCCAUGAUCAGUUUUGGUACAACGUUUGUCAAGUUUUACGCCCCUUGGUAA